AGCGCUCAGAUCGCUUACGGUGGUUUUGGUCAAUGCACAAACCCGUGCCGUCCAUCUUUACAAGAGUGUCGAAUAGAAUUGCGUGUGUGUGUAUGCAUAAUACACGUACGUCUGUGUGUAUGUAUAAAGUACAUAUACACAUGUAGAUUUUUUUCAGAGUGUGUAUUUGUAUGUACAAUGUAUGCGCGUGACUGCUGCGACGUUUAAUCGAAGAGAAGAACUCCCUAUAUUCGAAGCAGCGAACAGAAGAUUCUCGUCCGAGAGUGCCGUCGUCGAUUGUCGUCUGUCUCUUGGUUGGAGGAGUGUGUUUUGUUUUUGUUGUCGCCACUGCUCGCUCGCUCACUCUCUCUCCCCGCGAGCGCAGCAGCAGCAGCAGCAGAGGUAGUAAGUAGUAGCAGAGGAGGUGGACGUAGUAGACAUUUCGAGAGGUGCAAGUGCGUGAAGAAGAUGUUGUCUAACAGAGGAGUCCUGCUGGCCCUCGUCCUGCUCGUGUCCUGCUGCAGUCUUCCCACAGGAUGCAGCUCGAUCCCGGAUUACGAUGACGUUUUACAUUUGGACGUGGACAAUUUGGAGAACGGAUACCAUGGACUGGUCAAAGAGAACGAAACUUUGGUGGAGGUGACUCCGGCAAUUCGAGCCGUCGGCGAUAACGUGUGCUCCUUCCAAAUCGUCAACAAACAUCAUGGAGAGGUUCCCUUCGAGAUCAUCACCAAAGAGAACGGAUACGCCGAGCUCAAAGCCCGACGUGUUCUCAACUGCGAGAAGAGGCGCAACUACAAAUUCGAUAUCGCGGCUAUCGAUUGCGACGGCAAGAAAAGCGUCAGGUUCGUACCAAAUACACACACAUAAUUUCCACUCGCUCGA